UUUCCGUGAACAUGCUCGCGAGCAAUAAUUAUUUUCGGCAAACUCUGUUGUGAAAAAUUCAAGUGACUCUCCCGCAAUAGACUCCUCAAUUUCACCCCGCCCGCGUCGCUCGGUCCAGUCGCAGCGGAGAAGAGCAAAAUGUCGAAGAGGCCGCUAGGUCCGGGGCCGGGCGCGUACCGGCUGCCGACGACGGUGGGCUUCCCGGGGCACGACCCGUCCCGCUACCGCAACCCGAUGUACUCGUUCGGCGUGAUGGCGGGCUUCCGGCUGCGCUCGCUGGGCCCGGGGCCGGCCUACCGCAUCGACCGCGUGACCCGCGACGGCACCAUGACGGCGCCCGCCUGGUCCUUCGGCGCGCGCCUCGGCGCCCGCGCGCCCACCAAGACCCCCGGGCCGGGGGCCCACGCGCCCGAGCGCUGUCCGCCCAUGAAGGAGCCGAGGGCCCCCGCCUACAGCAUGGGGGCCCGCCUGGGCCGCGCCGCGGCCUCCAAGGGCCCCGCGCCCAACGCGUACGCGCUGCGCAUGGGCCCGGGCGGGCCCGCCUACACCAUGGGCGCGCGCGUCGGCUACAACGCCAAAGGCAAGUCGCCCGGGCCGGCCGCGUACUUCCAGCGCGACCAGAACAUCUACAAGACGAGGUAUCCGAUUUACUCGCUGAGUGCGCGGCUGGACGGCCCCGGCAAGGCUACCAAGUCGCCCGGUCCCGCCUGCUACCCGCCCAACUUGUACAACGUCAAAAAGAACCCGUACUCGUACUCGUUCGGCACGAAACACGGGGAGUGGGCCCCGCCGCUGAUAGUUAAAGAGGACACGAUGGACUGCCUGUAGCUGAAGCGGAUCUCGCGGGGUGCGGCUGCCCCUCUUCGACGCGACACGCCGCGACACGGGUCGCAACACGAAUUCAAGUGUAAAAAUUGUAAAGCGAAAAUAAUGAUUGAAGUUUAAGUAUCGUUCUAUUUCGUCCCGGUGAGUCCAAAUUUUUGCGUGGUUGUGUCGUUAUUUUUGGGUUAUUAAAAUAAAAUUAGUAACGUGAUGUAUCGUCCGCAAUGAAAUAAACUAGUUCAAUCGAAG